AUGGAAGGCCUGCCAGACGCCGUACAAGUGGACAAGACUCGCGGCCACGACACAGACGUGGAAAAACUGGUGGGAGGAGAACCAGAUGUCGAAUUUGCCCGGCCCUUUGGAUUCGGGAAACCGGGUGACGAAGAAUGCCGCGCCCAUGCCGUACAGCACACCCUCGAGGAACCAGUACGGCAUACCGGACCGCACCUACAUCUCAGCCUAGCCGUACCGGCACAAGCCUUGGAUAAUUGGCUCAAACCCGGAGAGCGCCGUGCAGAUGAACGCAUCAGUCCGAUGAGGUCGAAACUUCAAACCCUGAAGCUUAGUAUGCAGGACGAGAGCCGAGGAUUAGAGUUAAGAUGCCAAUGUAGUCAAGGCGCAACGCAAGAUUCUCGACAUGCUGCGAGUGGUACAUUAGCAUGUGGUAGCACGAGGACCAGAGAGCAUCGUGACGACGGCGGCGUCGACCUGAAUGGCGAAUGCCACGUGGUCAGCCACCAAUGCCUCAGAGUAAAAGAAAUUAAAGUUAAGGUGCCCGAUCGCCUGACUGAAGAUCAAGCAGAUGGCUGGGACAAGGUGCGUAUAGAUAUUGACCGUUUCGUUGUGGAUCUGGCCCAAUGA